AUGAACUGGCGCAUCUGGUUUGGCUUAACCAUCACCGCCAUUUGGAUACUGCUGGGGGUAACCUACAUCAGUGUGAAUAUCGGCUGGAUAACCUUCACACGGCUUCCGGCGGAAGAUCUGGGUAAUUUCCUGGAAGGCGCGUUUGCGCCACUGGCGUUCUUAUGGCUUGUUAUUGGCUACUUCCUUCAGCAGAAGGAACUUCAGCAGAAUACCGAUGCAUUAAGGUCACAGGCCGUGGCUAUUUCUCGAAGCGCCGAGCAAGCUGUGAUUCAGUCCGAGAAUCUCGCCGCCAGCGAGGUACACGCCCGGCAGGAGGCUUUCCUGCAGAUUGCUCAAUCCGUGCGCGGCCAACUCGGAUCGAUAUCCGGCCUCCUGUUCAUUUCAAGCCAGGGCACCGGCCAAGGCGGCCGGGUCAGCCAAAAAGAACAGGCUGAACUAUUUUCUUCUCAAGGCAGUGGCAUUGAUCCAGAAGCCUUCUCCCGGCGAUUGUUGAUUACACAUUUGGAGACGGAUGAUCCACAGGAGCAGUUCGACCUGUUCUAUGGCACCGAGGUGCGGGCACGCCACACCAACAAUUUCAUUUUCACCUUCGAACGUCUGAUUCGCCGCGCAGAAGUUGUCGAUGCUGAAAACAUCAUUACUGACGCUGUGCGGGCAAGUGGACACGGUUUCUUGUAUCGCGUCAUGAAAAGACAUCAGGCCAGCGCCCCCGAGCCGGCCAUUACCAUGAAACAUGGAUAUUUUCUUUUUGCCGUCGUGCUAACCAGUUUGAUAGCCUGGAGCGCGAUCGCGGCUCCAGCUGACCGAUUCGCCGCCGUAGAGAUCAAAGCCCAGCAUGUUGCCGGUUCAAUUCAUAUGCUGGAGGGCGCCGGCGGAAACAUCGGCGUUUCCGUCGGUGAAGACGGCACGCUGAUUGUUGAUGAUCAAUAUGCACCCCUGGCCGCAAAAAUAAUUGCUGCGUUAGAAGGUUUAGGUGGCGAUCGCCCGAAACUGAUUCUGAACACCCAUUAUCACGGCGAUCAUGCGGGUUCUAAUCCGGAGAUGGGUACCACCGGCACCAUUAUCUCGCACGAUAACGUGCGCGUGCGCCUUCUUGCGGAAGAAGAUUUUCCACGCUCUGGCCUGCCCCUGGUGACUUUUGAUGAUGACCUUAAUCUGCACUUUAAUGACGAGACUAUUGAAGUCAUUCAUCUGCCUGCUGGACAUACCGACGGUGACAGCGUUGUCUGGUUUAAGACAUCCAACGUGAUCCAUAUGGGGGAUCAUUUUUUUAAAAACCGAUUUCCCUAUGUGGAUAUUGGCAGCGGCGGUGAUGUCGACGGUUUUAUCGACAAUGUAGAGACCAUACUCGAACAACUGCCGGAAGACAUCCGCAUCAUCCCUGGACAUGGUUCGCUAUCCAAUCGCGCAGAUCUGGCUGCCACCAUUGCAGUAGUCAAAGCCACCACGGCAGCAGUACGUAAUGCGCUGGAUCAGGGCACCGACACGGCAGAAAUUGCCGCGGAUCUGAAUGAGAACUACCCCAGCUGGGGUAGUGGCUUCAUUACAGCCGAGCACCGGACCGCUGCGUUCGAAGCCAAAGAUCCGAUGGCUGCAGUCUGCACCGUAGCCAACGUGGACGAUGCCGGGCGUGUUCAGGUACGUACCCUGGUGCUGCGCAACGUAGGCGAUAAUCUUGCCGUUUUUAUCAACGCCACCAGCCCUAAAUGGCCGGCGUUACAACAAACGUUUGCGGUACAGACCUACUGGCCCAGCGUGGCGUUACAGUAUCGAUUGCAGGUAACCAGCACGCCCGUAGAGGCAGAGCUGGUGCAUGAGAGUUGGCAGAUGCGACCGGAUAUGCCGAAACGCAUGGACUGGCUCUAUCAACAGAUUGCACAACAGAGCAGUGCCAUCGAUUCCCGGCAGGCGCUAAUUUCUAUGCUCGACGAGGUACAGCUACCCGAUCCGACAACGGCGUACAUGACCGCAGCCACUAUCGACUAG